ACAGCGGUAGUCUGCUGGAACCACGUGUAUGACAGGUUUUAGUUCGACACCGACUUGGAACACAACGCUUUGUAAUUUUACUAUUCGACAAACUGGAAAUUGUUAAUAUAAAAAAUGGGUAAAAAAGGAAAAGCGCGUCAGGAUAAGUUUUACCACUUAGCCAAAGAGACAGGCUACCGGUCUCGUGCGGCAUUCAAGCUGCUACAGCUUAACAGAAAGUUUGAGUUUUUGGAGAAGAGUCGAGUGGUCAUUGACUUGUGUGCUGCGCCAGGAUCAUGGAUGCAAGUUGCCAAACAACACAUGCCUGUUUCAAGUUUGAUCAUUGGUAUCGAUCUUUUUCCAAUCAAACCUAUUCAAGGUUGCCUAACAUUGCAGGAAGACAUCACAACAGAAAAAUGCUACCAAAACUUGAAAAAAGAAUUGUCAACUUGGAAGGCAGAUGUUGUUUUGCACGAUGGUGCUCCCAAUGUUGGUCAAAAUUGGAUUUAUGAUGCCUUCAUUCAGAAUCAGUUGGUGUUGAGUGCCCUGAAGCUGGCAUCAGAAUUCUUGACCAAGGGUGGAUGGUUUGUCACCAAAAUCUUCAGAUCUAAAGAUUACAACUCCCUGAUGUGGGUGUUGCGACAGCUUUUCAAACGGGUUCAUUCUACAAAACCACACGCAUCCCGUAUGGAAUCUGCCGAAAUCUUCGUUAUUUGCCAGGGAUAUAAAGCGCCAGACAAGCUUGAUCCCAAGUUCUUGGAUCCCAAAUAUGUCUUCCAAGAAGUUGAAACCGUCUCUGACACCGUAAUGGGCAUUCAAGCUCAAGCGAGGUCAAAACCAAAAGCUGGAGGCUAUGAAGACGGGGUUACAUCGUUGCACAAGUCAGCUCUGAUUUCCGAUUUCGUACGCCAGGAAAAUUUCGUCGAUAUCCUCAACACGGCUACGGUUCUUACCAUGGAUGACCCCGAGAUUGCAAACCAUCCACUGACUACUGUGGAAAUUAAAGAGUGUUGUAAAGAUAUCAAAGUUUUGGGGCGAAAAGAUUUAAAGUCUCUUAUUAGUUGGCGAAAAGCCAUUCAAAAAAGCUUGGAUGAUAAGGCUGAGAAGCUCAAGAUGGAAGAAAAUUCGCUGAACGAAAAUGUGAUUCCCAUGGAAGAGGAUGCCGAAUCGGAUGAUGAAGAAGAUUUGGCUCUAGUGGAACAGCAAAUUAAAGAGUUAGAGGAUGCCAAAGCACAAGAUGCAAAGCGUAAAAAAAAGAAGCUACUGAAUGAACGCCGCAAAUUACAGGAGAAGAUGAAACUGAAAAUGGUUCUCCCUGGCGACAGUGGUCCAAGCGUACAGGAAGCCAAACCCCUCUUUGCGCUUGAUCAAAUCAAAUCAGACCAGGAUUUGGAUCGAAUUGCGGAGCAAGAAGCCGACGAGCUUGCAGAGGAACCUCGAGAAAAGGCAGGUCCACGACCGAAAAAAGCAAAGUAUGACAAGGAAACUUUUCAGCUGGAUUCAAGUGGAAGGUACCGAAGGGAAGAAGACAGUGAUGAAGAACUUAUAUUCGACUCUGAUGACGACUACGAAAGUGACGUUCCACAAGACUCUUUGGGAAUCGAUGACGCAAGUGACGAGAGUGAUGGAGAGGCAAAGAAGAAACCUAAGAAAGUUCGCUUCGCUGAAGCAAUCAAGGCCGCGACGAAAGAAGUUGAAAUAGACGAAAGGAAACAUCCAUUGCUAACGGAUUUGGAAGAUGAUGACUCUGCCCAGAAGCGCCAAAAGAAGGCUGACAAAUGGUUCAUGAAGAGCGCUCUUCAAGACAUCGAUGACGAAGAAGACGAAGACAUUGAACUCGAUUCCAUGGCUCGCGAGCACCCGCUUCAACGUAAAAGAGCUGUCACUAGCGGUGACUUUACCGAUGACGAAGAUGCUGAAGACAGCGAUGAAGAAGAUGCUAACAUUAACGGCAAAAUUGGGAAGAAGGCUCCAACGAACAAGUUUGACUCCGACACAGAUUCUGAUGACGACUCUGAUGAUGAUGACGACUCUGAUGAUAGCGAUGAAAACAAUUUGGCUAAUGACCAUGGUUUAGAUGAUGGUCUACCUGCUGCUGGGGUUCAAGUAAGAGGCAAGAAAAAGAGCCUGACAGCUGAGGCCCUCGCCCUUGGCUCGCUGCUGAUCCAGUCACGGAAAGUGAGACGAGACCUAUCCGAUGAUGGAUGGAACCGGUAUGCUUUCAACGAUGAGAACCUGCCUGAUUGGUUUGUCGAAGAUGAAAGACGUCAUAGCCAUAAAGAGCUACCCAUAACGAAGGAGGUUGUCCAACAAUAUAAAGAUCGUAUGAAAGAAAUCAACGUUCGACCAAUUAAGAAAGUCGUUGAAGCUAAAGCCAGGAAGAAGCGUCGUUCCAUGCGUCGUCUGGAGAAGGCCCGAAAGAAGGCUGAUACUAUUUCAGAAACUAUGGGCAUGAGCGACUACGACAAGGCGCAACAGAUCCGACACAUACACAAGAAGGCCAAGCAGGAGAAGAAGAAGGAAGUGACGUACGUGGUAGCUAAGAAGCACCAGGCCGGCAAGAAGGUUCACCGACCCGCCGGCGUCAAGGGCCAAUUUAAAGUGGUCGAUCGCCGCAUGAAGAAGGACGACAAGAAGCGCAAAGCGACCGAACGGAGAAAAGGCAAAAAAGCUAGGACUCCCAAGAAGUAAGAAAACGCUCGUUACAAUACAGUGAAAAGAGAAACGUGAUGCUGGAAAAUAUCAUGCAUGGCAAAAUGCUUGCUGUGUAUUCUCUUGUCGUGUUCCGAACUAAUUACACCGCCUCAUUGAGACCUAUGAAUUGAA